AUGAAGUAUGAUCACAAGAGCUCAAGCUCAUUUACAAAAGGCAAUAUUGCGACUGCCCAAGAGAAAGGCCUCUGAUUCGUGCAGGAUUGCUAUGUAUUUCCGCCUUCAAAACCUCCUAGUUUGGCUCCUGAGACUGCCGAUAUACUCAUUGAUUUGGUUAUGUUGAAACAGAAUGACAUCCAAAGGGCUCAUGUGAUCAAAAAAAUUGGAAAUGCUUGUCGCCAUUUCUUUCAGAUGGUAAAUCAUGGAAUUUGCCAAACGAUACUAGAUGGAGCUCUAUCUGCAGCAUCCCAUUUUUCCGAAUUACCGAUGGAAGAGAAAAUGGAAUUCAUGUCAAACGACGUGCAAAAGCCUGCAAGUUACGGGACAAGCAUCAAGGAUGGGGUUGACAAAUUCCAUUUUUGGAGGGUCUUCUUCAAGCACUAUGCAUAUCCUGGUUGUGACUGGGUUGAUUUAUGGCCCAACAAUCCACCUGAUUAUAGGGAAAAGAUGGGGAAGUAUUGCUAGGAAGCGAGGAAACUGGCCCUGGAAUUAGUGGGAGCCAUGACAGAGAGCCUCGGGCUAGGUCCAACCUAUUUGAUCAACAAAAUGGAGGAGGGAGCUCAAGUCAUGGCAGUAAAUUCCUAUCCACGAUGCCCAAGCCCAGAUAUGGCGCUAGGGUUACCGCCCCAUUCCGACUACAGUUGCCUAACCAUUCUGCUCCAGAGUUCACCUGGCCUGGAGAUCACGGACCCAGGAGAUGGCAAGUGGAAGAUUGUUCCAGAAUUCCAAGGUACUCUUCAGGUCCACGUUGGGGACCAUCUUGAGGUGCUGAGCAAUGGCCUGUACAGAAGUAUUUUGCAUAGGGGUACAGUCAACUCUGAGAGGACUCGAAUAUCAAUUGCUAGCCUACAUAGUCUUGGUAUGGAUGAGAAAAUGGGAACUGCAAAGGAGCUUGUGGAUGAUCAACAUGCUGAGGAAUACAAAGAAAGCAGCUUCAGAGAUUUCUUGAAUUUUCUUUCCAAUAACGAUAUUGGAGAAGGAAAGAGUUUUAAGAGUACAUUAAUCAGAGAUAAGGACAUGAGGACGUGAUUUAUCACUAAGGGGUUCCUCAUCACCCAGAUAAUUAAGGGCCGAUCAAGAUGUUUUUACUCUGUUCAUAGUCUGUCAUCUUUUCUCGAGAAGUCUCCAUGUCUCCAUAGAAGGGAAUAAGGUCGCAGAUGCACCUGCUAAUGAUUAUAUAUUAGCUAGUAUUGAGAGUUAUAAGAUUAGGUCUUGAUAUGCGUGAUUGCUUGAUUAGUGUCUUAUCGUUAGAGAAGGGAAUUGGCCAAUUUGAUAAUUGGCUUGUGUUAAGGGUAAAAAUUUAGGUGUGUCGAUGAUACAGUUGGUGUCGGUGGCUUUAGUUUUGAGUCGGGUUUUUGCAUGUCAGUUUGCUGGCUAUGUCCUCAGCUUUCCUUUUCAAGUUUGUGUAUUUUUAGCCAUCGUUUUGCCAUCUACAUGCGAGUUUUCACUUUU